UAUGGAAAGCUGUGUGUGAAUUAUUUAUUUUACUGUAAUGCACCGUAUGCCUCAGUGUUCUCCAAUCCAUUACUGCGUUUAAUGCCGUAAUAUUUCAGUUUUGUCAAUAUCAUUUGUUGCACUGUUAUGAUUUUAAUGGGUUACGAAUGACAAAAUGUGACGCUUGUUUUUUGCCAUAUUUCAUACUGAUAAAAUGAAUUGCGAAGGAAAUUAUCUGAAUUAAGUUUGUUUUGCUCCCUGUGCUUAAGAAUUGAAUACAUUAACUAUAUCUAAAAUUUGAUUUAAUGUGAUUUGAAAUGAAUUUGAAGUACUUUUUUGUCACAGGAUAAUCUGGAUUUACAAGGAUAAACUUUACCUGUGGGUUAUGGAAUAAAUUGCAGGCCACUUAAAGUUAAUUGGAUUAUUUACAAUCGGAAGGAUAAACAGUGGAAGUACUUAGAGCUCUUACAAGUCUGCAGGACUUUGACCAUAAUGUGAAGGACGUAAACUGAAUUGAACUCACCUAGCAGAUAUUCAAGUCACUUCUACAAAGUACAAAGCAACAUAGGAGAAAAUGGAGUUUCGGGGACCAAAGUUUCUUCACAGUUUAAAACUGGCAGUUUUAAUAGUUGUUCUACAAAUGUUACCAACAAUUUUAUCUCAGGAUUUAAAAGCAUGGACAUUCAACAUUCCAGGAAUCUCAUUUCUUUCAUUUACACCAGUGUAUACAAACACGCAAAAUCAACAUAUUUCUCUCAGUUUUAGAACUAGAAAUCCAAACGGUUUAAUUUUUUGUCACUAUUUAAAAGACUUGGAUGUAAAAGAAUUAGAACGGAUAAAUUACCGACUGUGUGCUGAACUUCAGUAUGGAUUAUUUGAGCUAAGUUACAAAUUGUUGGAUUAUGAUGAAGUUCGACUCUCAGUUGGAAAAGCAUUAAACAAUGACCAAUGGCAUUCCAUGAAUGUGUUACUAAAUUCAAAGACAGGGGAGUUAACUCUGACAGUUGACAGUGAUUCGAAAGUUACAUCUCUUAAGCCGUACUCUCAGCAUGCAGAUUUCAGCACUUUGCUGGACUGGUCAGACUAUUCUUCAGCUAUAUAUUUUGGAGGCACAGACCCAAAUACAUUAUUCUCUGACAUCUACCCGCAUUUCAUUGGCUGUUUGAAGGACAUCAAGUACAGAAACAAAGAUGAGAAAUUAGUUCCUAUACCUGUUGAUAUGAUGGAAGGUGUUGUGGAAGGAUGUGUUGAUAAAUGCACAAACAACCCGUGCCACCACGGCGGACAUUGUAUCAACGCAUACAGUGAUGCAGUUUGUGACUGUUUUGGCACUGACUAUCAAGGACCUUUUUGUUCCGAUUUAGGCCCUGCUACAGUAACACUGAGAGGGUACGAAUGGCUCACAUACAACCUGCAUAUGAAUGAACAGAACGUCCUCGCAGAGAAAAUGAGGUUCAGUUUAGAAUUUAAGACCAGCAGAGGAUCUGGUGUGUUGUUUUAUGCUGUUGGUGGCACCCCCUAUCACAGUCAUGUGACUUCCUCAGUGCAUGCUGGGACGGUGCAGGUGUCUGUUGGUAUUGGUGAUGAAGAUAUCCAGGUUGAGGUUGGCAUUGGAAUAGAUGAUUACAGGUGGCAUAAUUUGACAAUUAUCCAUGAUAUACGGAAAGUUUGCGUCUACUUAGAUGGGCGGGAACAAGUUCGUGAUAUACUUGGAGAGAAGUACCACCUUGGGCUGGAUCCAAAAAUAUUUAUCGGUGGUGGGGAUGACUUUGUUGUUACUAGAGGGUUACAAGUUACUCAAAACUUUGUCGGAUGUAUCAAGAAUGUCUACAUAAAUGAAGUCUCAAUAUUACAUCAGAUGCAAGAGAAUAAUCCAGCUAUCGUAUACCAAGGAGGAGGUUCAAUGCAACCUGAAUAUACUUGUAAAGAAGUUGUUAACAUUCCAAUUUCAUUUCCAACAUCAGCAUCGAAACUUAGCAUCUCAUCUACAGAUGAUAUGAAGACAAAUUUUGAAAUAGAGUUUGAUUUUAAAUCAGUACGAACUGAAGCGGUACUUGUGUUUGUAAGCAUUGAUGAUACAGACCAUUCUACUGGUUACCAUUUUGGAUAUAUCGAGGUAUGGUUGCACCAGGGUCAGCCCAGUCUGCGAUUUGUUGGUUCAGUGACAUCCCUUGAUCGUACCCAGAACCUGAGUAUACCAAACAUUGUCAAUGAUAACAAGUGGCACAGUCUACAACUUGCUUUUAAAGAUGGUGUUGCCAAACUGAAAGUUGAUGGUAAUUCAGUCACAACUAGAGACUUCAGAAGACCACUCGAGAUCAGCAGUAAUAUCAUUGUUGGAUAUGGUUUCAACACUUAUAAAGACAGCGAAGGAUUUGUGGGCUGUAUAAGAAACCUGAAAGUUCAAGGUGAAACUAAGGAUGCCCUUGACCUUAUACAGACCCGUGCAGCUUCUGGGCUUAUCAUUGAUGGAUGUAACAUUACAGAUUAUUGUAAGGAAAACAAGAUGUGUAAACAUGGGGGAAUCUGUCUGUCAGAGUGGACUGGUGUAGCCUGUGACUGCACUGAUACCUAUUAUACAGGCAGGGCUUGUCAUUUUGCCAAGUACAAGCGCACUUGUGAUGAGUAUUUCCAGGCUGGGGUCAAUCAGACAGGGGUCAUGUUGAUUGACCUUGAUGGAAGUGGAUCCAUGGACCCAGUCUAUGUCAAGUGCAUUAUGGGAUAUGAAAAAGAUUUUGAAUUCUUUGGAAAGACACUUGUGGAACAUAAUUUCAUUGCAAAUACAACAGUGAGGGGAAAAAUGAUGAGGGAUAUGAAAAAAUAUAUCAAAUACAGGGAACUAGAAAGAGAGCACUUGAUCAGACUGACUGGAGAAUCUGCUUGGUGUGAACAAUACAUCAGAUAUGAUUGUAAAUACUCACCACUCAGACUUGGAGUAGAUACUUGGUUUACAGCUGCUAGUGGAGAAAUGGUAGAAUAUGUGGGUACCAAUGACCAGAGCCCUGGUUACUGUACAUGUUCACUGACCAAUGACUGUGCAGGAGGUGACCGGUGUAACUGUGAUAACAAAACAAUGGUAGUUCAGUAUGAUGAAGGUAACAACAGUAUAGCAAGACAGUUACCUAUCACAGAGAUGACGGUGAAACAAGACAAGGACCCGCUGACACCCGGCUCGGGCAACAUGACUCUAGGACCUCUCAUCUGCUGGGGGAACAAAAAUCAGCUUCCAGCAACUGCAGUCACAUUUGGUGGCCAGUCAGGAUAUUUACUCAGUCAAGCAUGGAGAUCUGGUGACAUACGUAUCAGCUUCCGGACACAUCAUGACAAUGCUAUCAUUUUAUACCAGACCGGAACAGAUCAAAAUAUAAAUUACUUCUUUGUAGCAGUCACGUCAGAGUACACAGUGAAGUUCUAUUUCCGCUGGGGUCUGAAGAAACUUGAUGUAGAUGUUACCAGUCCAGAGCCGGUGAAUAAUGGAGAGUGGCACCAGGUUUCCAUAGAAACAGACCAAUAUAAUGUGCGUUGUAUGUUGGACAUGAUGGAAAAAAUCCUGGAUAUACCACAAGAUGUACCAAAAAUGACAUUGUUCUCGGGGAUAUUGUACAUUGGAGGAAUACCAGAAAGUGUACCAAGAGAGAAGGUUAUAGCAGAUGUUGAUGGUAUAGUUGGAUGUAUGAGAGGACUGUUCUAUAACCACAGAUCCUAUCCACUCACUGACCUCAUAGAUUCCACCACCCAGGGUGUGUAUGAGGAGUGUAUGGCAAGCUGCUGGCCCAACCCGUGUAAGAAUGGAGCAAAAUGUGUGGAGAAAUGGGGUGCACACCAGUGUAUUUGUGUCAACCAGUGGGCCCACUCGGGACAUAACUGUGAAAAUGAUAUGAAUACAGAUGCAGUAACAUUUCUUGGAGGAGCAGUGUCUCAUCUUCAUUUUGAAGAAACGCCGGACAAACCUAUCCUGGAUUCCACAAUUGUAUUCAGUUUUCGAACGUUUAUGAAAAACUGUCUGUUGCUGUAUAUACAUGAUCAUUUCAACAACUUUAUUCAAGUAGAGCUCUCAGAAGGGAAGAAGAUUGUAGCAAAAUUUAACAGAUAUAAUACAAUACUUAGCCAAACCAGGACUAUGACAGAAAAUUUAGAUGAUGGGAAAUGGAACCAAGUGGUCAUAGACAAUGCUGAAGGUUAUAUCAAAGUUAUUGUUGAUGAAGAUAACGAACCAUCUCGUAACUCCUACAAGAAACUCAGACUGGAUACAUACACUAGAACUCCAUUCACAGAAGAUGAAAUGGUAAAGCCAGAGAGACCAAGAAAACAACCAGUCGAGGGGAUACAUGUAUAUGUUGGUGGAGUCCCAGGACACAUGUCUAGAUAUCCUACAAUCAAUGGCUGUAUACGGGGACUCAAGAUCGGAAACAUAAUCUUUGAACUGCAGAAAGCAGCUCUUAAAACCACCACUGUGUCACCACUAUGUGAUGAUGGCUGUGCAGCAGCACCCUGUCAUCAUGGUGGUAUCUGUGAAGAACAGUGGCAAGAUAAACAGUUCAACUGUGAUUGUUCAUUCAGUGAAUAUGCUGGACCAACAUGUAACACAGAGGCAUCAGGCUAUUUUCAAGGGGAGUCGAUCCUGCAGUAUAAGUACAAUCCUCCCAAAGAAGCCAAGGAAACCAGAACAGAAAGAUUGGAGCUGAUAUUCCAAGUGAGCAAGGAAACAUCUGAAAAUAUGUUACUUGUUUUCAUAUACAGUCAGAGGUAUUUGACCCAUGACUUUAUUGUUGUGUACUUGGACCCUGACCAUGGAGUAUAUCUCAGCACAAAUCAUGGCCAUUCCAUACACGGUGUUGGUAAACAAGGGCUGUUUGCUGAUGGUCGACCUCACCAACUGUUGUUUAGAAGAAAUAGGAAUGAAAUGAUACUUACUGUAAGAGACGAGAAUCAUCCUAAAUAUAGAAACAAAACUGUUAGCAUUGAUGAAGAGGGAAUUGGCAGAGUUACUGUCCCUGAUAAUGCUCUUGAUGAACUGGACACAAUAAUGAUUGGAGGAAUCCUUGAUACACAGUUUGCUGAAAUAAAGGACACAAAAGACUAUGUUAACUACUUGAACUUCUCCGGUUGUAUGUCAGAAGUGACAUUCUACCCUGUUGGUGAUCUCCCAUUUUCCCUUCGACCAUUGAAAGACCUACGAGAUAACCAGAACUCUACAGGUAUAGCUACAGUCUAUGGUCCAGAGAUUGUUGGCUGCAGUACACGGGACAUCAUGGCUACCACCUCCACAACAACUCCUGCACCAACUCAGUCUGUUAUAGAUAAUACCAGGUUGACGAUGCCCCCCUGGAACCCGGCCCCUGCAGAUACACUAUAUAUUGGCCCUGCACCUACAUUACCUGCAAAUGGUACCAGCCCAGUGGUUACCAGGCACACCACACCCAGUUCAUCUAGAGCCAUGGAAACAGAUAUUGCUUUUGAAUCAAGAGAAAAACAUGAAGACGAAAUAGUUGCAAUAGCCUUGACUGUUGUGGCAUUCCUGCUAAUUGUUGCAAUACUGAUUGCCAUCAUUCUGGUCCGGAUGAGAAAUAAGGAGAAACAGAAGGAGAAAGAACAAAAAGAGAAACAAGAAAUAGAGAUGAAAGAAUAUUUGGAGGAGAAAGAUGAUCCUGUACUGGAAAAUCACCAGAAUCAAAACUACCUGGCAAGGCUGGAUGAGUUUAGUAUGGUCUCUGCAACUCUUGGUAGUAAACCAGUGAAAAAUGAUGGAAUGUCCACUUUUAAACCUCCACCCAGUGAAUCUUCCUAUACAUAUACAAGUGUGCCGCAAUCAGAAGAUGAGGGACCAAUAUAUCCAGAACAAAGAUUCUACAAUCGUAAGAAGAACAGACCAGCAUCAUCAAUAUCUGAAGUUCUAGAACUUAUGGAGAGACAGAAAGUCACAAAAGAUAAUAUUGAGGACUUUGAAAACCUUGGAAAUGGACCCACACAUCCGAUCGCUAUGGAAACCACACCGCUGCCAUGUCAUGAAGAUGAUGAGGAUAAUGACGCUGAUAAUGAGUCAGAGUCUCCUUCACCCCCGCCCCCACUUCAUCAUAUAAGUGAAUACAAUGGCGACAGUGGGUACGAGGCAGAGUCAAAGCCUGACGAAGAACAGGAAACCCUUAUGAAAGACAUUUUUCACGGAACUGAAAGUGAUGGUAGUUACCAUAGUGACGAUGUUGCACCUGGUGUUUCACAAACUUACAAGGGAGAUAAUUCUCCACCAUCUCCUGUUUCUAAAAAUAGCACAUAUAUGUCAGACACUAAUUCACCGUUGUCACACUCGGACAAUGCUUCCUCCGGAAAUGUGUCCCCUACCUUAAAGAACAAUCCAAAGAUUGUGAAUUACGGAUUUCCAAACUCGCCUGUGAUAGAUAUAGGACCAGAAAUAAUCCAGCAAAAACCAAGUAUUAUGACAAACGGUGGUGAUAAUACUUAAAAAGGCUACAAAUUAUGUUGCUUUACAAGUGAAAAAAGUGAUGCAAUAAUUUCUUACAAAUUCCAAGAUUUGAAUAUUUUCCAGUGUAAUUACGCAGGUGCAGUAAUAUGUAGGACUGAUGUGCAUAUACGGUCAGAUCAUUUAUGUUGUUGGCAUGAAAUGUCCUUGCUUCAGCCAAAAUGGGGAUGAGAAUUUGCUGAUUUCAAGUUUAAAACAAACUUAGUACAAAAUUGUUUCUGUUUUCAUAGAUUGAUACAGGUACAAAAUCUUUGAAAAUAAGUCCCUGUGGAAUAAUGAUGACAUCAUUGGACUCUGUAAUCAUGAGAGAAUGGUGCAUCUGUAACAGGACUUGUUAUAGAUGGUUUAAAAAUGCCCACAAUUUUGGGAACUGAAAACCAUGGUUAUAUUAUUGUAUGUUUUUGUACUGCAAGCCACAAUGGCUUUUUGUGCUGUUGUAAUGGUAUGUAUUUCCAAGUUCAGAACUGUUGCAAUAUGUUGUGAUUUUUUGUUUGUUUUUAAUUUACAAUGUAUGUUUGUUGUAGUUUUAAAUAGAUGUGUGUGCUAAUUUAAUACUUUCUGUAUCUAGAAAAGUCUUUACUGAAAAAUGAUUCCCAAUUCAGACAUUUAAAAUGAUUUGAAAAAUUUUAUGCAGACCAGUCAUCUUUUAUAGACUGGUUUUGCCAAUAUAUUAUUAAAAUAGUUAUUCAUGUGAGGAUCUGAUCUUUUUCUAUGAUGUAGAAAUGGGUCCCAGUUUUUAUUUAUUUAUUUAUUUUUUUUUUUCAAGCUACUGAAAAAAAUUGAUACCCUACAACCUCUGUAGAAUGAACAUCGCUGGGAAAUGUUUGUUACGCAGAGGUUGUUGCUGUGUAAAAGUUCAUUUACUAUAGGUCAUAAUUAUUGUGAUGUUUGCUCAUUAGAGUGUCAUUUACAGAGGUUGUAUUAUAUGAAGCAUAAUAAUUUGCAGACUUCCAAUAAAUUUUCAUUAUGUGAGCCUUUUGGGAUUCACAGGCACUCAUGUUACCUGCCCCAACCUCUCCAGCCACCCCCUUUAUCAUACAAAAGCCCCUCUACUACCAUGGUACCAAACUGUAAAAUCUGUUGUUUAUACCAAAUAGCUACAUAAAAUAAUGAAGUUCUUAGAGAAAAAAAUAUCCUGUAUAUUUGAGUACUUAAAUAGCACUAAGUAUAUAUUAUUUUUUCUGACAAAACUUUAUCAUUAUGUGUAAGUACGGUAUAUGGUAAAAAGAACAUAUUUUACAAGAUUGUAUAGUGUUGGUACCAGGGUAGUAGAGGGGCUUUUGUAGGAGGGUAUGUGGUCUGGGUCACACGCCAAGUGCCUGUAUGGGGAAUCUCACAAACAGCUCUGCAAGUACUUUGCUAUUUGCACCAUUUUAACUGUACAGAGGUUUAGUUUGGUGUUAUAUAUGGGGAAGAAUAGAAUUUAGCCAUAAAUUGCUGUAAAAACUAUAUGGAUCUUCUUUAGCAGCUUGAGGAAUGUGUUCAAAACUUUCAGACUUUUUUCUAAAAUAUGAAUGGUAGGAUAAACAAUAUGUUAUCCCUUAACUCAAUUUUUUUUGUUUAAAAAUUAAAAGAUAUGUUGCAUAUUUCAUUUAAAGGGACAUGCUUCCAGAUUUUUUUCUAUGUUUUUGGAAAUACGAAAUACACAGAAUUACUUUUAACUUUACUAGUACAUGUAAUAAAAGAACAAAAGUCAUUUGGUAUAUUCUGUGCAGUAUUGAUCAAUAAAAGCAUGUUUGUGUUGUAUGUAGUAAAGUGAGUUUUUGUGUAAUAGUUACGACGUAAAAAUUCCGUAUAAGACGGAAAUAAUUUAGUGGUACAUUAUCUUGUUCUCCCGAAGAACUAUUUCUACUUCUGUUUUAUCACUGGUAAUUUUUCAUAAUUUCCAUCUGGUUUAAAAAUUGUAUUUUAACGUUUAUCAUCGAGGCAUGUCCCUUUUAGAAUCCUAAUUACAUGUACAUGAGACGAUAUGAAUGCAAGAUGCUGGCGUCGGAUGCAUUAUUUAUAUUUAGAUUUAUAGACCUGCACAGUUUGCCAGCUAUUUGUUUAUAUUUCUUGAACAAAAAAUACUGCAAACUUUAUAUUGUCCUAAAGACAAAAUAGACGCUGUUCUAUAUAUAUGUUGUAAUAUAGCUCUAUAACCUUAUGGAUGUACUGUAAUGUUGAAAAAAAUAUAAGACAAAAUAGGUUGUGGAUGAAUAUUGAUUAAAAAUCUAAAUAAGUAAAAUGUUUGCUGUUUUUGUAAAAGCACUAGACAAGUUACGUUAUUUAUUUUAAGGAAUCAUUACGGAUCAUUUCUAUGGAAACCUACAAAAUGCAGACUCAGCUUGCUUUUUGAACAGUGUAAAAUUUUACCUGCAUAACAUUAGCAGUUUUUAUCUACUUUUGGAUAAAAUGCAGUUUGCAGUAUUUCUUAUCUCAGUUUAUAGAUAUCUAUGUUUAUUUUUUUUUUAAAUAUUGUUUAAUAUUUAAUGCCUUGUCAAAUAAAUCUUCAAAAUCCUCCA